AUGAGAAUGGAAGUGGUGCUGAGAUCUCCAUUCCUUAUGUUCAUCUUCCCAUUCAAUUUAGGUCUUUUGAUUCAAACAUUUGGUUACUCAAAGGUUGAAUUAGAGGAUGAAGCUGAAGCGUUGCUGAACUGGAAAAUCACUCUAAAAUACCACUCUUUGGGUUCUUGGUUUCUUAAAACUGACAACUCGACCUGCCAUUGCAGCUGGAUUGGAGUCAAAUUGCAAUUGAGAGAACCUCUCAAAUUUCUGGUAGGCACUCUAAAUCAAUUGAAUUUCUUCAUGUUGCCUAGUUUGACCCAUCUCAAUCUCAGCUAUAACGAUCUUGAAGGAAAAAUCCCAAGGAGUAUCGGCUCACUUUCAAACCUCAGUUUCUUGGAUCUGGGAGCGAAUCACUUCACAGGACCAAUGCCUGAGGAGAUUGGCAACCUCACCGAGCUUCGCUUUGUUUCUCUGCUGUCAAACUUCCUCACCCGCUCCAUCCCCUAUCAGUUGGGUGAUUUACAAAAGGUACAAUUCUUAGAACUUGGUGGAAAUUGCUUGGACCCUACUGACUCGUCGAGGUUUCCAGGCAUGGAGUCUCUUGUUCACCUCUCCCUACAUGACAACUCCUUAAAAGAUUUCCCAACCUUUGUUUUCCAAUGUUCUAUUCCUCGUGAGAUCGGCUUCAUCUUAGGCCUCCGAAAAGUUUCCCUGGAUGAAAACCCAUUACUUGGCGGACCCAUCCCGGGACCUGUUGGGCAACUUUGGGCUCGUGAGGAACUCAGCCUCCACAAAUGUGGAUUGACCUCUACCAACCCAGCACACUUAUUUACCAAUUGGACUAAUAUCACUUAUUUGGACCUCCGUAUUAGAAACCUUUCCAUGCUUGAAUACAUGGACGUAUCCGCCAACCAUUUCACAGGUUCCAUCCCUUCCAGUAUCGAAAAACUUUCCAUGGUUCGUGUUUUGGACCUAUCCGUUAACUCUUUCAUGGGACUGCUUCCUCCAGAGACAUGGAACAUUGUGAACUUAUGCACAAUGACAUUCCGAGUGGAAACUGAGAAUAAAUGCCAUGGUAAUGUCAAGCUUUCUAGUUUGGAACACUUGGAUGUCUCGAACAAUCAAUUUUCUGGUUGUAUUCCAGAGAACAUUGGAGAAGUGAUGCCAAUACUGUCUUUCUUGAGUGCUUCUAAUAACAGUAUUUCAGGAACAAUUCCUACCUCCAUAGGAGACAUGACAAGCUUGCAACGGGAAACUUACAUUUCGGGUGAUAUCCCUGACAUUUUCAGAAACUUCGCUGCAAUGACAAUUACAGAGAAGAUGUCUUACUCCACCUAUGAUCACUAUGCCCCCUUCGACUAUUCAAGAAUUGAUAUAGUUGAAAAAGGGGCAUUGAGAGAUUACACCAAGUUUCUUUUUCUUGUAACUUGCAUAGUCCUUUCAAGCAAUAGUCUCACAGUAAAGAUUCCUGAAUCACUGACGAAGCUGAUUGGCUUGCGCGUGUUGAAUUUAUCCAGAAACCACUUGAUCCGGGAGAUUCCUCUGAAUAUUAAUAGAUUGAGAGAGUUAGAGUCGAUGGAUCUAUCAAACAGUCUCCUUUCCGGUGGCAUUCCUAUGAGCAUGCCAGAUGUGGCAUCUUUGGGAGCUUUGAACUUGUCCUACAACAAUUUUUCAGGACCAAUUCCAUAUUCUGGCCAUAUGAGGCUUCUUCAUAUUAUGGAAAUCAAGAUCUUUGUGGUCCGUCCUCCUCUUCCUAAAAAGUGCGAUGGUGAUAACAAAGUUCCAAUAUUGAAUGGUGAAGGGCAUUUGAGAAGUAGUUCGCCAUUUCCAUCGUUUUGGAUGGGCAUGAGCAUGAGCAUGAGCAUGGGGUUUCGAAUGGGAUUCGGAUGUUUGUUCUCAGUUCUAGCAAUUAAAAGGAAAUGGAAAAAUGCAGUCCUCAUGGUAAUGGACCUCAUAGCUGAGACUUUGAUCACAAGAUUGCAACGUUUGUUUGGAAAAAGAAAGCAUCGAUGA